UGUGACGUCAUCUGGCAUGGAGUGUCCUCAUCUAACGUCAUAUAUGAUAUGGGCCUGUAGGUUUAGGCCUAUGUCUGUGCUCAUUGUCCAAAAGGGAUGACUUCAGCAUCAGACAAUAAUGAACCUCACAAAGGUCAGAAAAGCAGUCGGGGUAAGAGGAAGAGGUCUCAGAACUCUAGGCCAUCGAUGCGGAGGCUGGCGCUAAGAUGCAGCUCCAGCUGCAGCUCCACCACUCACUCCCAGGCCAGGUCCCCUGGUGGCGCACGGCUCACCCCCCAGACCCUCUAUGAAGGAGCCCUGAGAAGAAUGCAGAGAUGCCCAGCCAUGCCGUCCAAGAUGGAGGGGCAGAGAUACUGCCUCAGGAGGAGUCAGCCCGCUGACCUGGCUCAAUCACUGGCCGAAGCCCUUACGCCUAAGCCCUGCCCAGGAGAUGAGAUGCCAGGGCCUUCGAAGAGGAUCGUCCCCCUAAAAGAUGAGCACCGUCCAAAAAAGAGGAGGAAGUCUGCUAGGCCCCAGCAGUCCUCUGAGCAGCCUGAAAGUACAGAAUCCUCUGAGCCUGUCAGACCUGCCAAAGCCCCGCGCAAAGCACGCUUGGAGCGGCUUUAUCAGAAGGGACCAUUACUAGGGAAAGGUGGGUAUGGGUCUGUUUUCAGUGGAGUGCGAAAGUCCGACGGAUUACCGGUGGCUAUUAAGUUUGUGUCCAAACUCCAAGCCGAGGAAGAGAUAGAGCUUCCCGAAUUUGAGGGUCCUCUUCCCCUGGAGGUGGCCUUGAUGAAGCGCGUCUGUGCGGUGCCCGAGAGCGCCCACAUCCUCCACAUGCUGGACUGGUUCAACCUGCAGACCCAGUACGCCCUGGUGCUGGAGCGGCCCGAGCCCUGCCAGGACCUCCUGGCCUUCUGUCUGGACAGAGGUGGCCGUGUGGACGAGGGCCUGGCCCGCCAGGUGAUGACGCAACUGGUCGGCGCCCUGAUCCACUGCACUUGCCGUGGCGUUCUCCACCGAGACGUCAAGCCGGAGAACAUCCUGAUCCACACAGACACGCAUGCCAUCAAGUUGUUUGACUUUGGUUGCGGAGACCUAUGGAAGAGCACUGCCUACAAGGAGUUUGCAGGCACUUUGGAUUACAUUCCUCCAGAGUGGUUCCUCCGGGGGAAAUACCAUGCUGGCCCUGCCACGGUCUGGUCUGUCGGCGUGACCCUGCACAGCAUUCUCUCCGGUUUCCUCCCCUUCGGUAGCCCCAGGCAGAUCAUUAAGGGUAGACUGAGGUUGGACGAUGACUUGUCUCAAGAGUGCCGUGACCUGAUCUGCUGGUGUUUGAGUCCAAAGGCAACGGACCGGCCCACUCUGGAGCAGAUCCAGCUCCACCCCUGGCUCCAGUAGAGGAGUCCUGCAGCCUCAGAUUGGAUUCAUUUGUGCCCCCAUCCUGUCUGAGUAAAGCCGGAGACAGUUCAUCUACCUGUUCUAAAGAAUCUUAAAGCUUUGAACAAGAACUUCUAUUGAGAGAGAAAAAUGGAUCUAAAGUGAAGAUAAGGAAACCAAUUGAGGAGUCCAUGCUGGGAGUACCCAGGUGAAAAUUACUCUACUGAUUCUGGCUGUGUCUGAGGUAUGAAAAAAUAAAUAAAUGAACAA